AUGGCGGAAAAGCCUUCUGUCAUGUCUCAGUCCGACCUACGAGCACCUAGCCCCUAUGAAGUCGCCUUGAACGAGCUCCGAGAACUCGAAUCUGGGCCCCAAUGUCACAGCAUAGCCGCAAGGCUCUUGGUGAACAGCUGCCAUUUCAUCGAGGAUAAGAACGAGACAGCAGUCCUUGCAGAUAGUGGUAGGGUGGUGCGAGACUUUGUCGACUCUUACGCAGCAAGUCUAGCUAUCUGCGACUUAGAGAGGGGGAGCUUCCAAAUACCGGACGAAUGUUCCAACUUUCGAGAAACAGUCCUUAGCAGGCUUCCUCUAGACCACCAGGGCCAUCUACAUAACACCUGGGUCAGUUAUCGACACAAAGCUGUACGGUUCUGCGAGGCUGCCCAGGCAGAAAAUAGGAAGGCUCAAAAAAUCCUCCUGUUCGAGCGCGUCACGAAGAUCAUGUGGAAAUUCACGAAUGAAGUAGAGGAAAAGUUUGAGCAUACCAUGGUAGAUCUCAACUCAAGGGCCAAGGCGACAGGCAAGGCAAUCGACGAUCUGUCGCCGCAGCUUGACAGAUUGCGUAACGGCCUGGAGUAUCUGCAGGGGAUUAUGCUCAGUUCGCUAAACAAUGCCUUCAAGGAUACAGCAGAUUCGGCCGAAAAGGGGGCUAGAACUGCCAUCGAGCUACAGCGAAUACUCGAGAUGAUUCUGAACAACUCUCGAGACGGCCAGACGGAAUUAGCGUCUGCUUACGAACGGUCGCUGCAGGCAGCAAGCCCGCAAGUCGAUUCGGCAAUGGGCAGGAUCGUUGACGCGAUUUCGGUGAUUGCGGACAGUUCCCUGAAUCUGCAGAGACAAGCCGAAGCCUCCCACGGCCGGAUGUUGGAAUUAGAAUCGAGACAGAAGAAUAUAGAAUUGGCGAGUAACAACGUCUCCGUUUUCGGGUUCUAG